AUGCAAAGCAAUGAAACUCCAACCUGCAACGUUUCGAAGAACUCUGCAAUGGCAAAGGUUUUGCAGCAAUGUAAAUUGAUUGUUUGGGAUGAAUGCACGAUGGCACAUAAAAAAUCUUUGGAGGCUUUGGACAGAACCUUAAAAGAUCCACGGAGCAAUAAUAACCGAUUUGGUGGUGCAAUGAUUUUUUUAGCAGGAGAUUUUCGUCAAACAUUGCCGGUGAUUCCACGAUCAACGCCAGCUGAUGAACUAAAUGCAUGUCUAAAGUCCUCCAGUUUGUGGAAACAUGUCAAAGUACUUCAUUUGGGCAAGAAUAUGCGCGUCGAGUUGCAAAAUGACCAAUCUGGAAACAUAUUCUCUAAACAACUCAUUGACAUUGGUAAUGGCACAUUACCUAUAGACAUGUUGACUGGCUGCAUUAACUUUCCCCAAAGUUUUUGUCAGUUAACUCGAUCAAAAGAUGAACUUAUUCAGAAGGUGUUUCCAGAUGUUUCUCAAAAUUACAGAAACCAUGAUUGGUUGAGCGAACGAGCUAUACUGGCUGCAAAAAACAUAGAUGUAAAUGAAUUAAAUUAA